ACACAUUAAUUUAUCCUUUUUAUUUUGUCAUGUCUGAUGAGUGUUUGUACAAUCACAAUGAUGAUGAAUCCUCAAGUUAUGGUUGCGGUUUGAUUGGGUUUAAGAAAAACCAAGUGUUUGAUUACAGUUUCAGUAGCGAGAUAGAAGAAGAAGAUGAUUUGUUUGAGAUAAAUCUGAAGAAGGAAGAACCGUUGGAUUCAAUAAAAGAACAAGAGUUUGAGAACAACAAAUUAGGUGAUGUUGUUUAUGUGGUAGUUAGAAUAGAUGAUGAAGGUUCAAGCAUGGAAGCACUUUCAUGGGCUUUGAAACAUUCUGUUAUACCUUCUAUUACUACUAUCUCUCUUCUACAUGUUUUCCCUCAAAUCAAACAAAUUCCAAGUCCAUGUAAGUAAUCAAUUACUACUUGUUCUUCUUUUCAACAUGUUUGUUCAUGAUUUGUACUAUGUUUAAUGUUUUAUAAUAGUGGGAAAAAUCCGCUUCAAAAGUUCGUUGACUUGUGUAAUGAUUCAAAGGUUAAGGUUGAUGUAUUGCUUAUUGAGAGUGACAACUUUGUUAAAACCAUUGUGGAUCUUGUGAGAAAUUUCAAUAUAAUGAAAUUGGUGAUUGGAACUACAUCAUCUAAUCUAAGGAAACAUGGGUCAAGCAGGAAAAAUUCCAUUGCAGACAUGGUGUUAAGAAGUGUAGAAGAAAAGUGUGAUGUGAGAAUCAUAUGCGAUGGAAGAGAAGUGAUCAAUCAGAUGAUUAAUGGUUGCACUUCAUCACAUGAUGAAGUGGAUGGUUUUGUUCGAGUCAAGCGUUUCAUGUCCAAUCCAUUUAGAUUAUUUAGGUCUAGUGAUAAUAGUUUAUAGGUCAGCAAUAGGAUUUAUUGGCAAAGGGUGAACGAAAUACAUAUUCAACUUUGUUCUAUAGCUAUAGCUUUAUUCAUAUACUAGUUUUGGUUGUUUAAGUCCAGAGAUACUAGUUCAUAUUUAGGAAACACACGUGGGAAAAUGUGACAAGAUAUUGACAUUACCACGUUAAUAUCGAUAUUAAUUUGAAAAUAAACAAAUAAAUUAUAUGUAAUUAUAUAUGAUAGUAUCUGAGUGUUCGACAUUGAUAUGUUUGGACACCAAACACAGUUUUAUUCAUA